UUUAAGGUGGAAGAGAUGGUACAAAACCAUAUGACAUACUCCUUGCAAGAUGUAGGAGGAGAUGCCAAUUGGCAGCUAGUGGUAGAAGAAGGAGAAAUGAAGGUAUACAGAAGAGAGGUAGAAGAGAAUGGAAUAGUGUUAGAUCCUUUGAAAGCAACCCACGCUGUUAAAGGGGUAACAGGGCAUGAAGUUUGCCACUACUUCUGGAAUGUUGAUGUUCGUAAUGACUGGGAAACAACAAUUGAAAAUUUCCAUGUUGUGGAAAAUUUAGCUGAUAAUGCAAUCAUCAUUUACCAGACACAUAAGAGGGUGUGGCCAGCUUCUCAAAGGGAUGUCCUCUAUUUGUCUGCCAUCAGAAAGAUACCAGCAUUCAGUGAAAAUGAUCCGGAAACAUGGAUUGUGUGCAAUUUCUCUGUGGAACAUGACAGUGCUCCUCUGAACAAUCGCUGUGUCCGUGCCAAAAUAAAUAUUGCUAUGAUUUGUCAGACUUUAGUAAGCCCACCAGAGGGGAACAAGGAAAUAAGCAGAGACAACAUCCUAUGCAAGAUUACAUAUGUAGCUAAUGUGAACCCAGGAGGAUGGGCGCCAGCAUCAGUGUUACGGGCGGUGGCAAAACGAGAAUAUCCAAAAUUCUUGAAGCGUUUUACGUCAUACGUGCAAGAGAAAACAGCAGGAAAGCCUAUUUUAUUCUAGUAUUAGCAGCAAUCGGAACAAGACUGGGUGAGCAUUCCACGUGGGAGAAGUGACCAUGCAUAGAGCACUCCAUGUUGGAACGAAGGAUCUACAGUCUUUUUAUGGCCCAAGUUCUAGGCUUUGUAUACUGAAGUGAAGAAGUGUUGCAACACCAUGAGGCUGAAUAUUUAACACUAGCUCUCUCCUGCUAACUUCUCUUGCUGAAUCAGUGUGUAAUUAUAAAUACAUGUAUUGAUAACAUGUAGAUGGCUCUAUUUUUAUUUGCUUGCUUUAGAAGAGGAAGAAUGCCUACAACUUGGAAUCACCAAUGUGGGUUACUGAUUUAAUUUUAAACAAGUUGCAGAAUUUCACUGUCAACCUUCCUAAGAUACUAGUGCAGUUUUUGUGCAUGUCUAAAAAGCACAAAAGACAAACGCAUAUAUAGGAUACUGUAUGUGCUUUAUAUGCACAGAAAUCUAUGUGGUAUUUUGGGGGAGAGAGUGACUUCAGUAAAGCCUAGGUGACUUAUUGGCAGGUUUUGUUUUGCUUUGUAGAAUCAUAGUUCAUUGCUGCUGGUUUCUAUAACAAAUCAUCUUGUUACAUAAAAUGUCCAUUAAUAACUGAGGGCUGUUGAUAUCCUUAUGACUUUGCCUUUUCUAUUGUCUUACUCUUAUGAUGAUCUUUGGUUCAGAAGGAG